AUGGUGGCAAGGCUUGUGUACAUCGCAGCCACUUAUGCCAAUUGCCUCCCGAAUUUUAAAUGGACCGCCAUCUUCCGCCUCUUCAGAAAGAAACUGGUCUUUACACGGCCUUCAUACAUACAAGCAAGCAAAAGAAAUAGAUUAUCACAGGAUAAAAUUCAGAAGCUGGUUGCUAUUCAUUCUAAUUUGGUUAUAAACGAAAAACAGACAUUCAUUUACGAUGCUAGACCAGUUGCACUUUUAGAAGACACUGGCAAAGAUUAUGCUGUUUUGUCCGUCCAUGAAGACGAAGCGGAGAUCGAGUCUGAAUCAGAUGCUUGGUCUGAAGAUUCAAACUCAGACUCAGAUGAAAAUAUACCUCUGAGCGCUUUGGUUAAAUAA